AUGGCGCCUCAGAAGCCACGGGUGGCGUCGACAUCUCGGCACCCGCGCCUCCGGCCUCCAGUGGUGCUUGCCCCCUGCGUCCACUCUUGGGGCAAGUUCAGCGCCGGCGACAAGGAGGGGAACCACGGUGACGGGGAGAGAGAGGCGCGCCGACCCCCUCUGCCCGAUCCCCACUCCUCCCUCACCCCUCGACCCCCUCCGGUGCGCCUCCUCCUUCCCCAACACCGACCACGCACAUCGCCCGAUCCCGCGCGCAGGCCUCCAGCUCCGUCGCUGCUCUGCCGCGGCUGUGCCGUAGCGUCGUCCUCCGACGCCGGCGAGCACAGGCCGCCGUCCACCUCCGAACGCCUACUCACGCGGGCGCGGCUAGGCCUCCCCUUCCCCGAGCCUUCCGUGCACCUCCACCUCCUUGCCGGAGCAGCAGCAGCAGCUGGCAACCACCGACAAGGGCGACCACCCAGGAGCCCCGACACCGAUGCCAUGGCCGUGCCGCUGCUGUCGAGAUCCCUCACCCUGGACUUAUCCAUUUUUGGCGUGCGCUCGCGCCGCCGGCAUCAGCGUCGCCGGAGGUCCUCGUCGGCUCCCCAUGUCGUCCCUCCAAGGCCCGCAACCGUUUUGGCCUACUUCGCCUCGGCCUCGACCGAGGACGAGCAGUGCUGCUGCCUGCUCGAUUCGCAUGCACGCGUGCCUUCCACGUUGACCGGGUCUCCGCGCGUGCCCAGCCGGCCAUGCCAGGCCCAGCCGCUGGCCUGACACGACCCCUUUCUUG